UUUGGGGGUGGGGGAUCGGUAGACACAGCGCUGGUAAAAGGGGGGCGGGCGGUGCUGCGUAGUUUACCAGGAGCGGCACUUAGGCUUGGAGGGGAGGGGCUGGAACACGUCCUGGAACACGUGGCGAGUUUUUUGCACGUCCGAACGGCCGGUCCAGAGGACUCCAUACAGGUACUCUCCAUACAGUUACCGGUAUAUCAUGGAAGAAGGAAAACUGGUUGUUGAUUCAGAAUGUAAAAUGAAAGACAGCAAACCAGAUGAGUGCAUCAAUAAUGACUUUCCUCAGCUCUCUGAUGAAAAAUUUGAUUUUGACCUUUCGCUGUCUCCUUCAAGUGAAAAUGAGGAUGAAGUAUUUGUCGGACCUAUGAGCCAUAAAGAGAAAUGCAUUGCAGUGGCUGUUGAAGCCUGUGUUGGGGCCGGAGGGAGCAUCCCACCAUCGUCUGCAGUUAACCUGAAGUGGAGCCCACUUGCUGGGGAGAAGUUUGCAGAGAUUGUUAAAGAAGCUCAUCUGGUAGCUCUUCAGCUCCAAAGCGGUAGCAAAACAAAAAAAAAGCAUGCUAACCAGGUGGCAGAUCAGAGACCCGAGUCUGUGGAAAAAUUUGUGCAAGAAUCAAAAUCCAAACUGAAAACCUUUGAGACAAGCAUUAAGACAGAGAGAACCCCCAGGGCUGUGAAAAGAGAGACCUACUGUGUUUGGGAAAGUCCGAUAUCUCAGCUCCCACAUUCCUUUCAGAAGCAUUCAAGGCAACCGGUAGAAGAGGUGGGCAACUUGCAUUCUCCACUAAUGCCUCAGAAAGUAUCCAGUCCUAGAACAGACAAAUUGCCCAAAUCAUUCAUCACACAAGUAGCACAAGGUUGUGCAGACAAAGAUGUUAAAAAAUCAAGCACGCUGCAGACUCUAAAAACUUCAUAUGUGCUUGGAAACAACUCUUUAGUGUUGGAACAGCCAGAACGAAAGAGCACGUACAGUCCUUCCAGCAGGAGGCACUUGAAAAGCUUGGGGUCACUUGAAGAUCUUCUCUCUAGCAAAUCGAGUAUUGUCCCAGAUGCCAAAGUCUGUCCCUUGGUACAAGACAAGAGAAGGCUUCCUACUCCUGGCAAGCUAAGUAUGAAGACCAUACAACUGAAGCCAUCUAAUGAUGUUCAAAUGCGGAGGAACACUUUGUCUUCAUCAUCAUCGUCACGUUCUAGCAUGAAUUCAAGCUUGAAUUCAAGUCUGUCCAUCUCCCCUAAAAAAGGAAAAGUUAAAACAAAUAUUGUUGCAAAAGCAUCUACAUGCGGCUCCGAGGUCUCCUCUGGUACAACCAAGGCAGCUAUGGUUAGAUCUAUGAAGUUGUCAUCUGUCCAGGCUUCCCAUUCAGACUUGCCUGGGAAACAGGAGAAAUCAACCUGUGCUGCAAAAGGAAGUCCUUCUGUGAAUGUGGCCAAAUGUAAAGCUGAUUUUGAAUCCAAGAUUUCAGUCAGUGGGAUUCAGAGAAUGAGUUUGGAUCCUAGACUGCACAAAUCAGCACAGAAAAUGCAAGAAGGCAGAGGCAGAUCCUGUUCUGAAAAUAAGAUGGGAUUCACUACAAAGGAAGGUAUGUCUUCAGAAAAUGGAGCAGUGAGAGUAUUACAACCAAUUGCAUUCCUAUCAGGUGGUAAUGUUGGAAGUAAAGUUGCAAGCAGCCCACCUGUCAAACAGUUGGAAGAACAGACUGUGUUAAAAUCCUGUUCUUCCAUAAAGCCUAUCCUGACUCCAGCCAGUAUAAAGCGUUCUGGAUUGCCUACACCUGUUGGCCGUCGUAUGUCAGGAAUUCCAGCAAGGACGCCUAAAACUGUGCCUAGAUCAAUAGCUUCACCCAACCUUCUACCUGUUCGCCAAGCCUCUCGUGUGCUAUCCAAAAAAACAUCAGAAGCGAGUUCUAAAAGGGCAAAAGAAAGCAAUGUUCAGGCAGCCCACAGCUCAUCAACCUCUUCCACUGAAGGAGAUGAGUUUCCUCCUCAAGCUGUGGCUGUUGCGCUUGAUUUUUCACCUGAGAAGUCGCCUUCACACAAACAGGACUUAGCUGAAAAUCAAAAACCAGCUGAAGAAACACAAAGGAAGGAGGGUUUACUGGUAGAUGUUGAGAUAGACACACCACCAGCUGCCUGCCAGGAAUGUGAAAAUAAGCCUCUCAUUGAUUUCUUUAACACCCCUGAAAUCAUUAAAACUCUUCCACUGAAGCCAAAAGAAAAGCUACAAGACCUGGGCUUUCCUCUUAUCUACUUCAGUCCUGAAGGAAAUAAAGAAAAUCUGGAUUCUCCUUUAAUAAAGUUCUGAUAUCCUAGACCCAAAAAUUCAUCUCUAAACUUGGAAGGAUUUCACAUGUGUGUGUGUUUAGCUAUGGAAGAAUUUCAUUGCGGUACUGGGUGUAAUAUGCUUGAAAACUCUGAGAUAACUGUAUGCUGCUUCCAUGAUGAGUAAGACUGUGACUUGUUGCUGCUAGGAAAAAUAGGUUUAAUUGCUAAAUUUUUAUCUUGAGAUUUUGAUUAUCAGUCAGUGGCCUGUACAGUGUUUAAAAUAUGUUGUUGGUAGAUAUGUAUUGUAAAACUAAGCAAAAUGUUUUUGAAGUUAAUUUGACACAAAUAAAGAAAUGAAUUUUCUAUCAA